GCAUGGCUGCAGGGGCAGUAGGUCGUGCAGGCUGCAGCAUUUGAGCCGUCGCUGGUGUUGCUUUGAGGAUGACAGCGCUGGGCAGUGGCGGCUUGGCCUGUGUGCUGCUCGUGUUUGCGGUCGUGUGGACAGUUGAGAGCGUCGACGAGCCGACAGCGCUCAGAAGAGAUCAAGCUGAGGAGAAGCAGCUGGGAAACACCAAGGCCGCACACGUUCAACGAGCUCUAACAAACACCAGACGCGACCUGACAGACCAACACUCUGUGGACGGACGCGCGGAGCUUGUGAGAUUAAAUACCACCACCAACGUCAGUAAUGAGACGGUACACAGCACCACACCUGCUCCCAAGGCAACGACUGGGACCCCGCCGACGGUCAAGCCCAUCUUACCGGUACACACAGGGGUCCAAGCCCAGGAGGAGGAGCAGUCCAGUGGAAUGAGUAUAUUCUUCAGUCUGCUGGUUAUUGGUAUCUGCAUUGUACUGGUGCAUCUAUUGAUUAAAUUAAAGUUUCAUUUCCUGCCAGAGAGUGUGGCUGUGGUGUCCCUGGGGAUCCUGAUGGGAGCUUUUAUUAAGAUUAUUGAGACUCAGGAGCUGGCAAGCUGGAAGGAAGAGGAGAUGUUUAGACCCAAUAUGUUCUUCCUUCUCCUGCUGCCACCAAUUAUAUUUGAGUCAGGAUACUCACUUCACAAGGGAAACUUCUUCCAAAACAUCGGUUCCAUCACCCUAUUCGCCGUCAUCGGAACCGCUAUUUCCGCCUUUAUCGUUGGCGGGGGAAUCUAUUUCCUAGGCCAGGCUGAUGUCAUUUACAAGAUGUCCAUGACUGACAGUUUUGCGUUUGGCUCUCUCAUCUCUGCGGUCGACCCCGUGGCCACCAUUGCCAUAUUCAAUGCCCUGAACGUUGACCCCGUGCUGAACAUGCUUGUGUUUGGAGAGAGCAUUCUCAACGACGCAGUGUCCAUCGUCCUCACCAAUACGGCAGAAGGGUUUGCGAACGCUUCCACGGUAACGGGCUGGGAGACCUUCCUGCAGGCACUGGGUUACUUCCUCAAGAUGUUCUUCGGGUCAGCUGCUCUGGGCACACUUACUGGCCUCAUCUCUGCUAUUUGUCUGAAGCACGUUGACCUGAGGAACACCCCUUCCCUGGAGUUCGGUAUGAUGCUUAUCUUCGCCUACCUGCCCUAUGGCCUGUCGGAGGGUAUCAAGCUGUCAGGUAUUAUGGCCAUCCUGUUCUCUGGUAUCGUGAUGUCUCACUAUACCCAUCAUAACUUGUCUCCUGUCACCCAGCUCCUAAUGCAGCAGACGCUACGCACAGUUGCCUUCAUGUGUGAAACAUGCGUGUUUGCCUUCCUGGGUCUUUCCAUCUUCAGCUUCCCUCACAAGUUCGAGUUCUCGUUCGUCAUCUGGUGCAUUGUACUAGUGCUUGUGGGUCGAGCUGUGAACAUCUUCCCAUUGUCCUUCUUACUCAACUUCUUCCGGGAUCACAAGAUCACCCCUAAAAUGAUGUUCAUUAUGUGGUUCAGCGGUCUUCGCGGUGCUAUCCCCUAUGCUCUGAGCCUCCACCUGGGUCUGGAGCCAAUUGAAAAGCGCCAGCUCAUUGGCACCACCACCAUCGUCAUUGUCCUCUUCACCAUUCUGCUGCUGGGGGGAGGGACCAUGCCCCUCAUGCGCAUUUUGGACAUUGAGGAGAGCCAAUCACGACGCAGGAACAAGAAGGAUGUUAACCUGAGCAAGACAGAGAAAAUGGGUAACACAAUAGAGUCAGAGCACUUAUCUGAGCUGACGGAGGAAGAGUAUGAGGCUCAGAUCGUGCAGAGGCAGGACCUGAAGGGUUUCCUCUGGCUGGAUGCCAAGUACCUGAACCCCUUCUUCACGCGCAGACUCACACAGGAGGACCUGCUUCAUGGGCGGAUCCAGAUGAAGACUCUGACCAAUAAGUGGUAUGAGGAGGUGCGUCAGGGUCCGUCAGGCUCUGAGGAUGAAGAUGAUGAAGCUGAACUACUCUGAAGGUGAGGGGAGCUUUGUGAAUCAGGAACUGUGAGUGAACCUGAGAACUGGGCUGAACCACUGCGCACACACCCCUUUACUGGGCAUACCAAAACAGAGACAGGCCAAACCACUACAGGGUACGGGACCUCAUUCUGAGAGGCGUUUUGUACAGACCUGAGGGGAACCAUAGAGGAGUAUAGACAGAAAGCUGGAAAGGUCUACAGAAGUGAUGGCAUGUGGACAGAAACACGACAUUCUCACAGGAAAAGGAGUGGGAAACGUUUAAUUGUGGGUUUUGGAGCUGAUGAAUUUCUCUGUCCUCUGAUUUAGAGAUAUGGACCUUUCAGCAUUGAAUGUUCGGGUGGUGGGCCUGUAUCUUCCUUUUAUAUAUAUAUUUAUUAGUUUUCUAUUAUUUACAGAGUUUUUUUUACAUGUUAAUAUAUUAAUAGAUAAUGGAUAAUUGAUAAUAUCUCUUGCCAUUGCUACUGUGCCAGACUUUGUGAUGUGAAACGGAUAAUCACAGCACUGCUGAGAAUGUGAAAUGAAGCACGAGUGGUGUGGCUUUUAAAUGCGGGACUGGGAGCCUGCUGGGGAAGUUAAGUGUCACAUACUCAACUACAUUCCCAUCCGUCACGUUUGGCUCCAGUUCGUCACCCUGACUGGACUAUAACUGGGACUAAUAAACUGCAUCACAGCAGUAACUGCUAAGAUGGAGGUUAUGUUGGGUCUUAUUACUGAAUGCCA